CUCCCCUCCUUCUUCGCCCAUCCGAUCUCCAAAUCCCUCCGCUUCCUUCGAUUCCCAAACCCUAGCCUUCCAUCCUUUCUCGAUGGCCCGAACGAAGCAGACCGCCCGCAAGUCCACCGGCGGGAAGGCCCCCCGGAAGCAGCUGGCGACCAAGGCAGCCCGGAAGUCGGCUCCGGCCACCGGCGGCGUGAAGAAGCCCCACCGCUUCCGUCCCGGAACGGUGGCGCUGCGGGAGAUCCGCAAGUACCAGAAGAGCACGGAGCUCCUCAUCCGCAAGCUUCCUUUCCAGCGCCUGGUCCGCGAGAUCGCUCAGGACUUCAAGACCGACCUCCGCUUCCAGAGUUCGGCCGUCGCCGCCCUCCAGGAAGCAGCGGAGGCCUACCUCGUGGGGCUCUUCGAGGACACUAAUCUCUGCGCCAUCCACGCCAAAAGGGUUACCAUUAUGCCCAAGGACAUUCAGCUCGCCCGUCGGAUCAGGGGUGAGAGGGCUUGAGCACCGUCUGAUUCGUAUGCUGGCUUGGUUUCCAGCGUUCCAUUGUUCCAGCCUCGCUAUCUUUCUUAGUUUCUAUCUCUCUCUUUUUUUUCUUUUUUAAAGAAAAAUCUUUAUUAGGGCUCGAUGGAGUGGUGAUUGAAUGUAGAAAGAAGAUUGGGAAGCUGUAUUCUGGAUGGUAUUUACGUUGGUGAAGGUUUUAUUAUGUGCUGCCUAUUUCAUA